CUCAACAAAAGGCAGUCCUACUCGAAGUGCAAUGAAAUCUCUUCGGACGGCAAGACAUUUGACUUCAAUUAUGUGAACCGAAGACAAAGAGCGAAGACAGACGACGACUACUUCGACGACGACGACGACCAACAGGUCUCACAACCCGAUUAUAUACCCAAACCCGGCAGUCCUACAGAAGACACCACAAGAGUGGAUGACAACGACAAUGACAACGACGACGACUCGGAAGAGGACCCUUUGGAUGCCUUUAUGGCAGACCUCGAGAAACAGAGUAAACCCGACAAACCCAAGACAUCCAUUGCCUCAAGAAGUGAGCCAUUGAUGGCUAUGAAGAGCACUGUUCUGUCGAAAGCAGUGAAGACUUCAGAAACGAAAGGCAUUAGAGAUGACAUCGAGAGGGAAGACAUAGAAGAGUCGUAUUACAGAUAUAUGGAGGAGAAUCCGAUGGCAGGCGUCGGCACUCUUGUGGGCGAUAGUGACGAUGAGUUGGAGGACAUUGAGUACGACGCCGACGGAAAUCCCGUCGCAGACCACAAGUCAAAGCUCAUCGAUCCGUUGCCACCCGUAUAUCACUCGCAGAUCUCUUACCAAUCAUUUGAAAAGAACUUUUACGUCGAACACGAAGAGAUCAAACAGUUGUCGACUAAUGAUUGCAAUCUAUUGAACCAUAAGUUAGGGAUCAAAGUGUCGGGUCUUACGCCACCGAAAGCUGUGACCAGUUUUGCUCACUUCGGGUUUGACGACCAACUCAUGAAAAGUAUUCGCAAAUUAGAGUACUUCAAGCCGACGGCCAUACAGGCGCUGGCCGUUCCCACAGCCCUCAGCGGUCGAGACAUUAUCGGUAUCGCAAAGACGGGUUCGGGCAAAACGGCGGCAUUUAUUUGGCCCCUUUUGGUCCAUAUCAUGGAUCAGCCGGAGCUCAAGUCAGGCGACGGACCAAUUGGUCUGAUCUUAGCGCCCACUCGAGAGUUAGCGCUACAGAUAUAUACCGAAGCUAAACGAUUUGGUAAAGUGUAUGGCAUUAACAUCGUGUGCGCCUACGGGGGCGGCAAUAAGUUUGAACAGUCCAAGGAUCUCGAGAAUGGCGCAGAAAUAGUGGUGGCGACCCCUGGUCGAAUUAUCGAUUUAAUCAAAAUGAAAGCCACAAACCUCUUGCGGGUGACGUUUCUGGUGUUGGAUGAGGCCGACCGCAUGUUUGACAUGGGAUUUGAACCACAGGUCAGAUCCAUCUGCAAUCACAUCCGACCCGAUCGGCAGACUCUUAUGUUUAGCGCAACGUUUAAGAAAAAGGUUGAGAAGUUGGCCAGAGAUGUACUCCUCGAUCCCAUUCGUAUAGUUCAGGGAGAGGUUGGAGAAGCCAAUGAAGACAUUACUCAAGUGGUACUGAUUUUAGAAGAAGGGCCCAAGAAGUGGGAAUGGCUUACGACUAGGAUUGUAGAGUUCACGUCAAACGGAAGUGUUUUGAUAUUUGUGACCAAGAAGUUGAACGCAGAAGAGUUGGCCACAAAUCUCAAGACUCACGACAUGGAAGUGUCUCUAAUCCACGGCGAUAUGAACCAAAUGGAGAGAAAUAAAGUGAUGUCAGAAUUCAAGAGCAAAAAGUUCCCAAUUCUUGUGGCCACUGAUGUGGCGGCUCGUGGUCUCGACAUCACUCAUAUAAGAACUGUCAUUAAUUAUGAUAUCGCCAGAGAUAUCGACACUCAUACACAUCGAAUUGGACGCACCGGUAGGGCGGGCGAGAAAGGCGUGGCCUAUACUUUGGUUACUGAAAAGGAUAAAGAAUUUGCUGGACAUCUGGUAAGGAAUCUGGAGGGCGCUAACCAAGAAGUGCCGCCAAAACUACUGGCGCUCGCAAUGCAGAGCCAGUGGUUUAAAAAGUCGCGAUUCAAAGAGAAGGGCGCGAAGAGACUCAAUGUCGGCGGCGCUGGGCUUGGCUUCAAGACUAGACCACGACUUGGAUUGGGAGCUAAGGGCUCCACCUCAUCGACAUCGACAUCCAAUUAUGAGAGUCACGACACCUAUUCCUCGAGUAUCAUCUCUACUGUUCCCACGACCACCUCAUCGUCCAAAGACUCGUCCAAAUCGCAGCGCGUGAAUGCCAUGAGGUCUGCAUUUCAGGCCCAAUACAAGUCACAGUUCACGGCCGCUACUGACACGAGUUGGACGGCUAAUACCGGCGCCGACGAUAAACCCCGUAAAAAGAGUCGUUGGAAUUGAAUGGGUUUCUAACUAUCAUAUAUUGAGGCUGUGAGGGGCCCUCCCGGCCCACCAUUCACUAUACAA